AUGUCAACAACGCUCCCCCUUCUCCACCGGCAGAUUACAUUGGCCUCGGCGCUGGACGACGACGACAAUGUGCUGCAAGAGCUUCAAUACCCCGAACAGCGAAUCCAGUUCUUUACUUAUCUGCUCACCAACCGAAGCGCCAUCGAAGCUAUCGUGUCGCACCACCUGGGACUGAAGCGAAAACAGACAUGUCGGAUUGGAGAAGUCAAAGAGUGGAUCUCGGGGAGCUUCAACGUCUGCAUACCGGUAUACAUCGAAGGCUGGACUGGAAAUGCACCCAAACGUGUACUGAUCAGGUUUCCGUUGCCCUACAAAGUUGGAGAGUUCACACACCCCGGGAACGCAGAGGAGAAGCUUCGCUGCGAGGCUGCUACGUUCUUAUGGAUCCAGGAGAACUGUCCGUCCAUUCCAAUCCCUCACCUAUGGGGUUUCGGAUUUGCCGAUGGCCAUCAUUUUACCGCGUUCGAGCAUAUCCCACUUUUCCCCCGACUGAUAUGGCAUGCCCGCCGACUCCUGUCAUCCAUUUUUGGAUACUUGCCCCCAUGUCGAUACGUGGCCCGCCGUGUGGCUCGAAGCUUAAAUACUGGGUAUUUGAUAAUGGAUUACGUCGAAAGCACGGAAGGGGUGAUGCUUUCUGACUCAUGGGAGGCACUGCGGCAUGACAAGACUCGAAGAAACAAUCUUUUCAGAGGACUGUCUCGCAUCAUCUUAUCAAUCGCCCAGGUGCCCUUUCCACAAAUAGUGUCUCUAACACUUGACAACAAUGGUGUGAUCAAAUUGACAAAUCGCCCUCUAACCCUGCGGCUCCAACAUCUGGAAAAUGAAUCCAUCCCGACCAAUAUUGGCAGAGACCUAACCUAUUCCACCACGGAUUCGUACCUGCUGGACCUGCUGGCGUACCAUGACAGUCGUUUGCGCUUCUCACCAAACUCCGUACGGGAUGAGUACGAUGGCCAAGCACAGCUGUCAAUCUUGACUACUAUGCGUGCUCUUCUUCCCCACUUCACGAACCGUGAUCUCUGUCGGGGUCCAUUCGUCUUGACCCUUACGGAUUUACAUCAGAGCAACAUCUUUGUCGACAGCGACUGGAACAUCAAGUGUCUUGUCGACCUUGAGUGGACAUGUUCGCGCCCAGCAGAGAUGCUACAUCCACCAUAUUGGCUCACCGGUCGGGGAGUGGACCAGUUAGGAGGGGAGCAUCUUGACGCUUUCAGUGACAUGUACAGCGAGUUCAUGAAUGUGUUCGAAGAAGAAGAGAGAUCGCUGCCCGCCAAGGGGGGGAAGCCCUUCAACCUUACGCACAUCUUGAAGAAGGGCUGGGAGAGAGGUAACUUUUGGUAUUUUCAUGCUCUCGACAACCCCAAGGGCUUAUAUAAUAUAUUUUUGGACCACAUUCAGCCGAUCUUUGCAAAACUGGAUGAUACUGGACUGGCCGAGUUCGAACGAACGAUAGCGCCGUAUUGGAGCGCCGACGCCACGGAAUUCCUUGCCAAGAAAAUACAGGACAAAGAAGUGUAUGAAAGUCAACUGCGAGAUGCAUUCGACGCCGCCAGCAAUACCCAAGUUGAAGACACGAGCUCAUCUCGUCCCGGCUGA